AUGCAAACUAGAAUUGAGCAGCAAGAAGAAGAGAUUCGGCGACUCAGGCAACGGGAUGCCCCUGUUGAGCCUCCCCUGCAACCGGCUGUUGCAGUUCCUGCAGCCCCUCCGGUGCCAGCUGAGCAACAUGUUGCUGGUAACCGCAUGGAGCCCUUGUAUGAGAGGUUUAGAAAGCAAGCGCCUCCAGUAUUUCUGGGAGGCCCUGAUGUGGUAAAAGCUGAGCAGUGGUUGACCGUUAUUGAGAAAAUACUGAACUUUAUGGGAGUAGCUGGAAAUGAUAGAGUGGCGUGUGCCACGUUCCAAUUUCAAGAGGAUGCCCUGAUCUGGUGGGAAAUGGUAUCCCUCACCAGAGAUGUAACUAGAAUGACCUGGGAAGAGUUUCGAGAAUUGUUUAAUGCCAAGUAUUACAAUGAGGCAGUCCGCAGUGCAAAGCGGAAGGAAUUUAUUGAGUUGGUACAAAGUGAGAGUAUGUCAGUGACCGAGUAUACUACCAAGUUUGACCGCUUGGCCAAGUUGGCCUCCGGAAUUGUACCAACAGAUUUCAGCAAGAAAGAAAAGUAUUUGGCUGGGCUGAAUGCCAAAAUCAGACAUGACUUGGUUAUUACAACAAGUGAUACCACAACCUAUGCUGAAAUGGUUGAUAAGGCUCUUCGAGCUGAAGGAGCAGUUAGAUUUUUACAAGAAACUCGAGAGCCUUCUGGUGUUGGUGGAGCUACUACUCUCCCUAUGUCGGGUCCUGAGAAAGAGAGUGGGGGUUCUACCUUUGAACAGAAGAAAAGAACUUUUCCAUCAUCGGGAAGUUCAGGGCAAGUGUGGUUCGGUGGGACAUCUCAGGAAAGACUGUCCUCGCCCGAAGAAAGAGGAACCAAAGCACGAGGUCGGACACAUGCCCCUGCACGUGUCUUUGCUAUUACUCAGGCAGAUGCUGCUGCCAGUCCUUCAGUAGUUGCAGAAAAUGAGGAACCUUUUGUUUUUGUUGGUUCGGUUCAAGGCUCUCGUGUCCCUAGAAUCUCAGCACUGAAAGCUAGGGAUUUAUUACGAGAUGGAUGUGUUGGAUUUCUCGCAGUGGUAGUGGAUUCCAAUAAACCUGUGUUACUUGGGCCAGAAGAGGUUAAUAUAGUUAAGGAAUUCCUGGAUGUGUUUCCAGAGGAAUUGCCGGGAUUACCACCUCAGCGUGAGAUAGAUUUCAUCAUUGAUUUAAUCCCUGAGGCAGAACCUGUUUCAAAAGCACCCUACCGAAUGGCACCUGCUGAAUUAAAAGAACUGAAGAUACAACUCCAAGGGAUGUUGGAUCUAGGGUUCACUCGGCCUAGUGUGUCACCUUGGGGAGCUCCUGUGUUAUUUGUGAAGAAGAAAGAUGGAACUCUUCGGAUGUGUAUCGAUUACCGGGAGCUGAAUAAGUUAACCAUCAAAAAUAAAUAUCCUCUGCCCAGAAUUGACGAUUUGUUUGAUCAACUCCAGGGGAAGACUGUAUUCUCUAAAAUUGACUUGAGGUCUGGGUAUCAUCAAUUGAGAAUUCGAGAAGAGGAUAUCCCGAAAACAGCUUUUCGAACCAGGUAUGGUCACUAUGAAUUCCUGGUUAUGUCUUUUGGGUUAACAAACGCUCCGGCAGCUUUUAUGGAUCUCAUGAAUAGGGUAUUCAAGGAUUUCCUCGAUAAUUUUGUAAUUGUAUUUAUCGAUGAUAUUCUUGUGUACUCUCGGUCAGAAGCAGAACAUGGGCAACAUCUUCGAAUGGUUCUGCAGCGACUUAGAGAUCAUAAACUCUAUGCAAAGUUCAAAAAGUGUGAGUUUUGGCUGUCACAAGUGUCUUUUCUGGGGCAUAUUGUUGGAAAAGAUGGAAUUAUGGUUGAUCCAGGAAAGAUUGAAGCAGUGAAGAAUUGGCCUAGACCUAAAACAGUCACUGAAAUUCGAAGUUUUCUCGGCUUAGCAGAUUUGUUGGAAAGAAUCAGAAUGGCUCAGUUAGAAGAUUCAGAAUUGACUAAGAUUCGAGAAGAUGUCUUAGCAGGCAAAGCUAAGGACUUCUCCAUUGCUGACAAUGGGAUGCUGUUGUUUAAGGCACGGGGAGUCAGACGUUUUGGAAAGAAAGGUAAACUGAGCCCUAGGUUUAUUGGACCUUUUGAAAUUCUGGAAAAGGUUGGGCAAGUUGCUUAUCGGUUAGCCCUACCUCCUUCCUUGUCAGCAGUGCAUAACGUGUUUCAUGUUUCCAUGCUAAGGAAGUAUGUGUCUGAUCCGAUGCAUGUUCUGAGUUACGAAGCAUUGGAAUUGCAAUCUGACUUAUCAUAUGACGAACAACCAGUGCAAAUUUUGGAUAAAAAGGAAAAGGUUCUCCGAACCAAGACCAUAUCAUUGGUCAAAGUACUUUGGAGGAACAGUAAAGUGGAGGAAGCCACUUGGGAAUUGGAAUCUGAUAUGAGGGCCCAACAUCCUGAGUUAUUCAGGUAG